CACUACCACCAUAGGAGGCGGCUUGCUCCUCAGCAAAAAGCCUUACCGAGAUUCCUAUUUCUUUUUUCUGUUUAUUGUUAUCUAAAUCCUAAUUUCUUGUUUGGUACAUCGCAGGACCGAAGGCACCGAUUGACGCUUUGCGAGACAUUCAUCGCUCUGUCUAUCUCUCACUCGGGAUUUAGAGGAAAUUCAAGAGCUGUUGAGAUUGGUCGAUGGCACUGUAAACCCUUCACUUGCUCAGGUUUAACGAAUUUGGAAAGUUUGAACUUGGAUUCCUAUGGGAUAGGUGAUGAAGGGCUUGCUAAUCUGACAGGAGAAUUUUCUAGCAGUGAUGAGAAAAAAUAUAAAAUCCUGAAGCGGGCAACUGAAAGGGAGAUUUCUCAAAGUGCUGAUGUCAUCUGUUGCACAUGUGUCGGUGCUGUAGAUCCUAGAUCGGCAAAUUUUAGGUUCUGCCAGGACAAAAUGAGGGAAUUGUUAGCUGACUCUGAGAAUCAAUUGCAGUCAUCUGACACAAGUGGUAGUAUUGCAUGGUCAAGAGAUGAUGUGUUUGCCAAAGUGAUGGGUAAGGAGCACAAAGGUCGCAUUCGUGGGGUAGGAUUUGGUCCAACCCCAAGUGGUCAAAGUAGCAAGACUGCUCUCACGGACAGUGAAAUACGAUUAAGUCAAGCAAGGGACGACGAAGUUGCACAAUUAAAGGCUUCCUUGGCUACUAUGGAGGAGAAACUAGCAAGUUUUGACGAAAUGAAGGAAAAAGUUAGUCAAUUCGAAGAAAUGGAGCAAAGAAUGGAGGAAAGAAUGGAGCAAAGAAUGGCUCGCCUGCUUCAACAGAUGCAACAAACUACACAAUGCAAUCAGGAUCCUUCUCCGGUCGAACAAUCUCCACCUCUCCCCAGAUCAUCAGCUGCAUCUCAUCAACCAAGAAGCUUAUAAGUUUUAUCUUGGAGUUCUUGGACUUUUUUGUGUACGAAGAACUAUGGAAGAACAACCGCAUUUUUUGCAAGUGUUGAAAGAUAGUUUUAAACACUUUGAAAUUUUGAUUAUAGUAUUAGAUUAAUUUCAGCGGUUGUUUUAUUCAAAUCACCACAUCUUUUUUUUGUUAAUUUUAAGAUGGUGGUUAUAGAUAAUGCCAUGUAUUUGAUAAUACAUUUCUAUGUUAAUAUUACGUUAGUUUCAAGACAUUUGUGGUAUUGUUAAUUAA